AUGGCGCCUAGGUGGCCCAAGGUGAACGACAGCCCUGAACACAUCGACGAGCACGCCACUUACCUCAGAGAAGCAUGCAACCAGCUGCAAGCGCCAUACUUAGCCUCAACCCUUGCGCUCAUUGGCAGGGUCCUGCGACAGCCUGUGAUGGAUGAGAUCCUGCAGCACGUCCAGGACGCGGCUAAAUGCACACAGAACAUCCAGAACGACAUCACGGUCACUAAGAACUCUGUCGGACUCAGCACUACUCCGAUAAACCCAGCCAACUUUAGCGGAGGAAGAAGAAAUGCCGCUGCGACCUGGGCGCAGGUGGCGGCACCCGCUAAAGGCGCGCCAGCUUUCCCCCGCCUGCACCACAAGGAGUGCACACCGCCAAGACCCAAGCCACAGUUACAGCAUACAAGGACCGUGUUCCUCCACUCUCCGCAAGGCUCCGGCCAGGCAAUCCCGGCUCCUGUCCGGCCGUUCAAAAGCCUUGACCCAUCCGACCUGAUCGCGCCGCCUCCUGGAAGCUGA